AUGGUCAAGACAAUCCCCUUCGGUAGCAUGCAAGUCCCAUCACCAGGCUUCGGAGCCAUGGGCCUAAGCUUUGGUCUUGGCUCUAACCUGAGCCUCGAACAAGCUGAGCCUGUUCUCCUGAAGGCAAUUGAACUCGGCUGUACAUUCUGGGAUACUGCUGUGGUCUACCAGGCCGGAGUCAACGAAAAGCUCCUUGGUGAUUUUAUCCGGAAACACAAUGUCCGUGAUAAGGUCUUUAUUGCUUCCAAAUGUGGCUUCAGCGUUUUUGAAGGAGAUGGCGCGGUCACCAACUCCGCUUCCCAUAUCAAGAAGUAUAUUGACGGCACAAUUGAAAGACUGGGAUUCACUCCAGACUUGUACUACCUGCACCGAAUCGACCCCAACACACCUCUCACGGAGUCAAUCCCUGCUCUUGAUGAAAUUCGCCAGGCCGGAAAGACCAAGUAUAUCGGACUAUCAGAGUGUUCCGCCGCCACGCUCCGCAAGGCCAACUCCAUCGCCAAGAUCGACGCCGUCCAAGCCGAGUACUCGGCCUUCGAGACCGUCCACGAAACCGAUAACCUGAUCGAGACAGCCAAGGAGCUCGACGUCGCCUACGUCGCGUACAGUCCCCUCGGCCACGGCUGGCUCGUCGACAACUUCGACUACAACUCCCCAGACGACUUCUCCCCCGAUGACUUCCGACGCAAAUCCCCCAAGUUCCAAGGCGAGAACUUCUACAAGAACAAGGAAAUCGUGGAGGCUAUCAAGGGCAUUGCCGCUCGCAAGGGUUGCAAGGUCAGUCAGAUUGCUCUUGCUUGGGUCGCUACCCAGGGAAUGAUUGCAAUUCCGGGAACUACCAAGGCCGCUCGUCUAGAGGAGAACUGGGCUUCUCGGGAUAUUGAUCUCACUGCCGAGGAGCAGAGUGAGAUGCGCAAGAUUAUUGAUGCUGCCAAGCCUCAUGGAAACAGAUAUGGAGCUGUGCAUCAGGCUAUGGUUGGUCACUGA